AUGGAAGACCUAAUUACAUCACUUAUUAAAUUUGAUGGUACUCGUAAUCAAGAUGUUGUUAAAUGGCUACAAUAUAUUCAAGAAGUAUUUAAUCGAGUGCAACUACAAGCAUCAUAUAAUUAUAUUGCUGUACAUUACUUUCUAACUAAUGAUGCUGCUAUGUGGUUUCGACAUACUGAAGCCAAUAUUCCUGAUUGGUUCACAUUUAAACGUGAAAUUAUUGAAGCUUUUCCAUCAUCGUCCUCAUCUUUUUCAUCACAUCUUCUUGAUCACCAUCAACUAACAAUUAAAGAAGAACCACAAAAACUUGGACAAGAACAAGAUGUAUUACAUGCACCCACUUCAUGUUCAACAAUGUCAAACAAGACAUUAGAUAAUGACAAUACCUCAUUCAAUUCAGUUAAUGAUAAUCGAAUCGACUCAUUCGAAGAUUUAGAAAGUGAACAUCUACGUAAAUGUGAAUCAGGUCAUUAUUCACAUAUGUUAGUGACUAUUAAUGAUCUUGAUCUGAACAUUCAAUCACAAGGUGCAUAUGUAGCAGAUGAUUAUGAUCAAUUAGAACAGCAAGGUGCAUCUGCUAUUAAUUCUGAUUCUGUUAAAAUUGAUGUUGAAGAUACUCUUGAAGGUUUUACUCGAACUAUGGAUAAUUUGACUGCGAAUCAUUCAUUAAUUAAUACUGUUUUACCACGGGAUGUUCAAUAUUAA